CUGUUCGACGAGAUCGAGAAGGCGCAUCCGGACGUGUUCAAUCUGCUGCUGCAGAUCCUGGAGGACGGGAGGCUCACCGACGGCCAGGGUCGCACGGUGGACUUCCGCAACACGGUGAUCAUCAUGACCAGCAACCUGGGCACGGGCGACCUGUCGCAGCGACCCUUCGGGCUCAGCCCCACCGCCGACCGGGAGCAGGAGGCAGGGAAGGUGACGCCGGAGCUAUCACGCUCAGUGCAAGACGCCCUGCAACGGGCAUUCCGGCCGGAGCUGUUGAACCGCAUCGACGAGACCAUCGUGUUCCACCCGCUGAGCCGGGCGCAGAUCGGCGAGAUCGUAGGGCUGAUGGUGGCCGAGGUGCAGAAGCGGCUGGCGGAGCGGGACAUCACCUGCGAGUUGACCGAGGCUGCUUGCGACUGGCUGGUGAAGGAAGGGUUCAACGUGAGCUACGGGGCGCGUCCCCUGCGCCGCGCGAUCCAGCGGCACCUCGAAAAUCAGCUAUCGCGGGGCGUGCUGUCGGGCGAGUUCAAGGAGGGCGACCACAUCAUCGCCGACGUGAACGAGGCGGGGGACGGUCUGGAGCUGCGGGUUCAGGCCGGCGUGGCGCCGGAGCGGGAAGAGGAGUUGGCGGGGGUGGUGUAA